AUGUAUACUUUUAACUUUUUUAUGAUUCUUCUCUCCAGAUACCUUGGUAUAGUAUCAAUCGUUUUCCUUCUAACAACUAUAACACUUGCAGUCAUUCAACGAUUGCGAGAUAAUGCUGAACUUCCUCCAGGUCCUUUCGCCUGGCCAGUCAUUGGUAAUAUUCAUCUUCUUGGUAGCAAACCUCACGAAAGUCUUACAAAGCUGGCCAAAACCUUAGGAGAUGUUUAUAGAUUGCAAUUAGGAUCUCGUCGCGUCGUUGUCUUGAACUCUUUGGAAAGCGUCAAGGAAAGCUUGGUAAAGAAAUCUAAUGACUUUUCAAGUCGUCCACCGUUAAGCAGUUUACAAGCAUGUGAAGGAAGUCUAACGUUUGGACCUUAUGAUUCGAUGUAUGUGAAAAAACGAAGAUUAGCCCAUCUUUGCAUGCACAGCUUUAUGUCAGAUCACGAACGAUUGGACGCUCAGAUUAACUAUGGUCUGCAAAAUCUUUGCAACAGAUUUGCAAACCACGAUGGUGAAUUCGACCCAAUAAAUGACAUUAAACAUGCAGUUGCAGAAAUGAAUUUCAACUACACUUUUGGAGAGGACAUAGACCCUAAGAAUAAAGAAAAACUUUGCCAAAUAUUGAAGGAGUUCAGUGAAUUCAAUGCAAGCUGCUUGCCCGAUUUUUUGCCAUGGUUAGCUCCGUUCUUCAAAAACUCGUUAAAAAGAAUCAAAGAAAUUGUUGCUCAUCUCUUAGACUUUGUCAAGCACAUUUAUUUUGAAAAGAAAGCGAACUUCAACAAAAAAGCUGAUAUUGGUUGUGUUGGUGAUGCAUUAGUGCGAUGUUUUGAGAGUGGCACAAAUGAAAGAUUGGCUGUCCUUGGUGAAGAACUUGAUCUGAAAGAAGAAGAUGUUGCUACAUUAUUGACAGAUUUGUAUGGUGCGAGUGUUGAUACGACUAGCACCACUUUGAUUUGGGCAGUUCUAUAUCUGGCGUCAAAUCUCAACGUUCAAGAGCGCUUGUAUAAAGAGAUAAAUGAAGUUGUUGGAGUAAAUUCUUUGGAAAUGAAUGAUAAACAUCGUUUGCCGUUCUUGGAAGCAGUUGUCUUGGAGGUUUUGCGACUGAGCACAGUUCUUCCACUCGCUGUACCACAUUAUACAAAUAAUGAAACAAGAGUUGGAAAGUACAGAGUUCCAAAAGACACAAUGGUUUUUGUCAACUUGUGGGCAAUUAAUCAUGAUGAGAGAGUUUUCAACAAUCCAUAUCAAUUUGAUCCCUGUCAUUUUCUUGAUGAAAAUGGUCAAGUUAACAAAGCUCGUUUCUCUUCAAUUCCAUUUUCAAGUGGCACACGUAAAUGUCUUGGUCAUUUACUGGCUCAACUUCAGUUGUUCUUACUUAUUGGUGGUCUUGUUCAAAAAUAUAAAUUUGAGAUUUCUGGUUCUUCAAAUACGACACCUGAAUUUGGAUUUAUCUUACGUCCGCAAUCAUUUAAAAUCAAUGUUUGCCAAAGAAAAUAGAAAAUAGACAUUGACAUUGUCUUAACACACAAUGAAAUUUUAUUUUCUUCUCGAUUUGAACUGUGACAAUAUUAAUUACUAAUUAAAUUACAUUAGAUUAUUACUCAAUAAAUAAUCACCAUAAUUGAUGCAAAUUUAUUUAUUGAUGGAAAAUUUAGCACAUACAUAUCGUUGAAAUGAUUGAAUAAUUUCAUUGAGAAAUUUAUAGUUUUAAAAUUAUUUGUGUCAGCUUUGCUAAUCUUUAAUUGUUCCUGCAAAAUUUUCAUUUUUGUCCACACACAAUAAUAAACGUUCAUUUAUUUAAAA